GAAGAAGAAGAGUAGGACGUGGAGCGCGAGGCACCGCUCUCUGGCUCUCCGCCGCCAUGCUGAACAUCCGCUCCAUCCCCACGCAGAUGGACUACAAGGGUCAAAAAUUAGCAGAGCAGAUUUUUCAAGGAAUCAUUCUUGUCUCUGCAAUAAUUGGCUUCAUCUACGGCUACAUCACUGAGCAGUUUGGAUGGACGGUCUACAUAGUUAUGGCUGGAUUUGCUUUAUCAUGUUUGCUAACGCUCCCUCCGUGGCCUAUGUACCGUCGCAACCCUCUGAAGUGGCUCCCUGUCCAAGAGUCAGGAACAGAAGAAAAGAAGCCAGCAGACAGAAAGCCAAAGAGACAUGCUAAAAGCUAAACCCCCUCCCCUCCUAGUUCUUUAUGCUGU